AUGAUCGCACGUGUGUGGGGCGGCGCGGGGGCGGAUGCCGAGUGGACGGACGUGCCGGUGACGCCCCUGACCACGUGCCGGGACCUGGUGGACUGCUGCCGGGACCCCGGGGACGAGCCCUGCACGCUGGUCGAGGUGUCGAUGGGACACGAGCGGGCGCUGUCGGACUCGGAGCGCCCCCUGGAGGUGCUGCAGCAGUGGCGCGGCCGCGGGCCCGUCAGGCUCGUGCUGCGCUACACGCUCGACCACGACCACGACCGCGAGCACGACCUCGACCUGGACAACCAGAGGCGGCUCAGCCCCCACACGGCCCUCCCGCCACAAGAAGGUGUCCAGCCUUCGAGAAAUGGAAUGAAGGAGCCGGGACCCUUCGCUGACACGGUGAGUACAGCUGCCCGCAUGUCACCCGUAAUACCGACCACGGCACUUCAUUCCUCAGGUCUGCCAAGGCAUGUCACACAAGUCGUCUCAUCAUUAAUGGAGGAGGACGGGAGGCGGAUGUUAUUAAGAACUAAAGCUGAGUUAUCGUAA